AUGGAGCCGCAAGGGAAAAAAAGCGCCAUUGAGCAUAUACAUAAGGAUGAUCGGAACAUAAAAAACAUCUUGAUUAGUCGGAAAGCACUCCGGCCUUCGGCCCUCCGAGCCUCGCUGCGCUUCCUUCUUGAUCUGGUUCAGCGUCUCUUCCAAUGCGUCGAUAGUUCUUUGGCGCGCCAGAGUCAAGCCUCCGGAUUUCAAGAGCUUGCUAGACAACAUAGUCUGAUGGGCCUGUCGGAGGUGACCCUCUAG